GCCCCCUCUUCCCCAACAGCCCGUGCUCCCACACACAGCCGUGUGCCUCUUGUGUGGGGAGGCUGGGAAGGAGGACACAGUGGAGGGAGAGGAAGAAAAAUUUGGUUUGAGCCUCAUGGAGUGUACAAUCUGCAACGAGAUCGUCCACCCUGGCUGCCUGAAGAUGGGGAAGGCUGAGGGUGUCAUCAAUGCGGAAAUUCCUAACUGCUGGGAGUGCCCUCGCUGUACCCAGGAAGGCCGGACCAGCAAGGAUUCAGGUGACGGACCAGGCCGCCGAAGGACUGACAACGGAGAGGAGGGUGCCAGCCUGGGGAGUGGAUGGAAGCUGACGGAGGAGCCGCCACUUCCACCACCUCCACCCAGGCGCAAGGGCCCUCUGCCUGCUGGGCCCCCCCCAGAGGACGUGCCUGGGCCCCCCAAAAGAAAGGAGAGGGAGUCAGGGAAUGAGCCCCCAACCCCAAAGAAAAAGGUGAAAGGAGGCCGUGAGAGGCACCUGAAGAAGGUGGGUGGAGACGCCUGCCUCCUCCGAGGAUCGGACCCAGGCGGCCCAGGCCUUCUGCCCCCCAGGGUUCUGAAUCCAAGCCAAGCUUUCUCGUCCUGCCACCCUGGGCUCCCUCCCGAACACUGGGAGAAACCAAAGCCACCUUUGGCCUCUGCCGAGGGCCCAGCGGUGCCAUCCCCAUCACCACAGAGGGAGAAGUUAGAGCGUUUCAAGCGGAUGUGCCAGCUGCUAGAGCGGGUGCCUGACACCUCCUCGUCCUCCUCGGACUCAGACUCAGACUCCGACUCAUCAGGCACAUCCCUGAGUGAGGAUGAGGCCCCUGGCGAGGCCCGAAAUGGGCGACGGCCAGCCAGGGGCAGCUCAGGCGAGAAGGAGAACCGCGGGGGGCGACGGGCUGUACGCCCUGGCAGUGGGGGGCCCCUCCUCAGUUGGCCUUUGGGCCCUGCCCCACCACCCCGGCCCCCACAGCUGGAGCGUCAUGUGGUACGGCCCCCACCUCGAAGUCCUGAGCCCGACACACUGCCUUUGGCUGCUGGAUCCGACCACCCUCUGCCCCGUGCUGCCUGGCUUCGUGUCUUCCAGCACCUUGGGCCCCGAGAGCUGUGCAUUUGCAUGCGAGUCUGCCGGACUUGGAGCCGCUGGUGCUAUGACAAGCGUCUGUGGCCUCGAAUGGACCUGAGCCGGCGGAAGUCACUCACUCCCCCCAUGCUUAGUGGUGUGGUUCGUCGCCAGCCCCGAGCCCUGGACCUCAGCUGGACAGGUGUCUCCAAGAAGCAACUCAUGUGGCUUCUGAACCGACUGCAAGGCCUGCAGGAACUGGUGCUGUCUGGCUGCUCCUGGCUCUCUGUCUCUGCCCUGGGCUCAGCCCCACUGCCAGCCCUGCGGCUCCUGGACCUGCGCUGGAUUGAGGAUGUUAAAGACUCCCAGCUCCGAGAGCUGCUGCUGCCUCCGCCAGACACCAAACCAGGGCAAACGGAGAGCCGUGGGCGGCUGCAGGGGGUAGCAGAGCUGCGCUUGGCAGGCCUAGAGCUGACAGAUGCCUCCCUGCGACUCCUGCUGCGCCACGCGCCCCAGCUGAGCGCCCUGGACCUCAGCCACUGCGCCCAUGUCGGGGACCCCAGUGUUCAUCUCCUCACGGCCCCCACCUCCCCACUUCGAGAGACCCUGGUACACCUCAAUCUUGCUGAGAGAAGAAGUCUAUGGCCAUACCACCUGGAAUGGGUCCGAUCUCAUCUAAUCUCAGAAACUAAGCAAGGUGGCCAUGGUGGAAGUACAACUGGAGAACAACUACGAAUACCCACCAGGCCUACUGGUGGCCUUUAGUGCCUGCACCACUGUACUAGUGGCUGUGCACCUCUUUGCACUCAUGGUCUCCACCUGUCUGCUGCCCCACAUUGAAGCUGUUAGCAACAUCCACAACCUCAACUCUGUUCACCAGUCUCCACACCAGCGACUCCACCGCUACGUGGAGCUGGCCUGGGGCUUCUCCACUGCCUUAGGCACCUUCCUCUUCCUCGCUGAAGUUGUCCUUGUUGGCUGGGUCAAGUUUGUGCCCAUUGGGGCCCCCAUGGGCAAGCCAGCACCUGUGGUACCUGCCUCCCAGGUGCCUGGGACUCUGCCACCAAUGGCCACUUCCCUGAGUCCAGCUUCUAAUCCACCCUCUGCUUCAGUAGCCCCUCCACAGGCUGCGCCAUCUGAGGCCUGCCCACCCCAGCAAGCAUGUGGUGGUGGUGGGGUCCAUGGGCCAGGAUGGCAAGCAGCCAUGGCC